CCACUGCAAGAAUCGACCGUACUUGUUGAUGGGCAAUGGACGAGAGCCCAAUUCACCUUUCUUCAACUUGGCAGUCCUCGCUUAUUAGCAGUUAAGCUUUCUCAUGUCAUACGGGCUUCUAUACGUUAACCAGUGUCUUCAAAACCCGUACUUGGGCCACGGAGUAUGGAAACGGAAUUCGACGAGGUGGAUCGUUGCACCCUUCGACCUGAACUGGACAGGAGUCUGCCCAUGGCUUAUUCGAGGAAGCCGAACUCACAAUCAGGCCAGCACAACCCGGCUCUCUUCAGGUUCAGCACUAACGGUCGGGUUGUCGGACAGCAAACAGCCAUGUGGAGCUAAUCACGGGCAUUAUAUAUCUGGACCGAGCCCCUGGAAACUCUCCCCAAAAAGGCCCGAAGCUUCUAAAUCCAACAAGAGUAGUAGCGCCGGUGAAUCACUAGUGAAUCAUGCCUACCUUUGCCGCACGUUACAUCCCCGGAUGAUUUCGGAGCAAUUCAUAGCGUCGUCCUUGCGAUUCAAUCAGAUAGAAACAGCAACCACGUUGGACCCGAGCAGAGCUGGUUGGCGUCUCAAACACCACCUAUCUGUCUGCUUAGACUGGACAGUCUCAGCAAGAUCUCCAAAGGUCAUCGACACACUUCGAUCCCGACUCCAUUCUGCCCCCACACUUGCAAACACUUCAGCCCAAGUCAGACCAUGUCUAGAUAAUCUAGGUAGCUGACGUGGAGCUGUCCCCGUAUCUACCCGAAAUUUAUAGACCAAGGGGUACCUACCUACUAUGUUCCAGCAAGCUUGAAAAUAGCACACAGUAGCAAUCGUUAUCUUAUCUUAUCACACCAACCGUCAACAGAUACCGAUGACGAUGACUUUUCCUGUCCCUUUGGACAAGACAGCAUAUCUCAACCUGGUUGUAAGGGAUAAGGUAUAUAAGUACUUUGGCAGAUGGAGGAGUCAAUCGCUCACAGUCCACUGCGCAGCAACC